AGGUUUUAGACAUUUUAUUUGUUUAGCUGUCGAUGAUUCAUUCAUAAUUGUAUUCAAAAAAUAUUUUUAGUAGUGAAAUCAUAAGAGCAGCGAAAAUGUUUUCUAGUUCUCCUAAUUACACAAAGUUAAAAACCAAUUUACGUUUGGCAAUUUCUAGACUAAAACUGUUACAGAAGAAGAAAACAGAAUUAACUGAAAAGUCGAGAAGGGAAAUUGCAGACUAUAUUUCUGGUGGAAAAUAUGAAAGGGCAAAAGUUAGAGUCGAAUAUAUUAUUAGGGAAGAUUACUUAGUUGAAGCUUUAGAGAUUGUCGAGAUGUAUUGCGAUUUAUUACUGGCUCGUUUUGGUCUUAUUAGCAAUAUGAAAGAACUAGAUGAAGGUAUUUCGGAAGCUGUUUCCAGUUUAAUAUGGGUCGCUCCUCGAUUACAGAGCGAUAUUCAGGAAUUGAAAGUUAUAAGUGAUUUACUAUCAGCAAAAUAUGGACCAAGUUUUGCAGAAGCCUGCAGAGUGGAAUCAAUUGAAGCAAUAAGUCCUAAAUUGAAGCAUAAAAUGUCUAUACAGAGUCCACCAAAAUUGUUAGUAGAAAAAUAUGUCAUUGAAAUCGCUAAAUCCUAUAAUAUACCAUAUGAACCUGAUCCGCAAGUUAUGGAAAUGGAUAAGGGAAAAGAUGCAUUGUUGAUAGAUCUUUCUAAUUCGAAUGAUCUUGGAGGAGGUGGUGGUAUGCCCCAACCACCUGGUUUUCUUGGGUAUCCACAACCACCCCCAUUGCCACAUUUAAUGGAUCCUGAUGUACCAGGACCAUUCGGGUAUACUCCACCCAAUAAAGAUUUUGGUGGUCCUUCAGCCCCACCACCAAGUUUUUCAUACAACAUUCCACCAGGUCUAGGGGAUGAGAAAAAGGAAUCCAAUACAGAUUAUUCGGAUCAUAAUUUACCAACUUAUCACAACCUAUAUCCUGAUGCUAAUUUCCAGGAUUCAAAUAAUGAAUCAUUGCCACAGGACACUGACAAAAAUGAAGAGGGUGAUAAAAAAGGGAACAACUUUGGUGUCAAUGUAGAGAAUUCCGAUGAUAAGCCCAAGCCAGCUCCUCGUUUGAAAAUGAAUGACAAAACUUACGAUCUUCCGGAACUGCCUUCGGUGCCCAGUUCUAUACCGGAUGACGAUAAGCAAGAUGAUAUAGAUUUCGACGAUUUAACCAGGAGGUUCAACGAAUUGAAAAAGAAAUAUUAAUAAUGGUUUAGGAUUACAAUAUGCAUUAUAAUAUACUUCAUACCUAACCAAAUAUGUGAUACGUUAUAAAUUAUGAAUUGAAAUAUAGUAGCAUCUUCCACCCCACUUCAUCGUUGAAAUAAGAUGCAAAACUUAAAUUUUUAUUUAUUGUAAAAUAAAUAUAGAAUAUAUUUUCAGUUGUCAGAUCAAAGAUCAAUCUAGUUCAUUUAGUUCAUUCAACUAGUUCUUUUUUAUAAACUAACCAUAUAAAUUAUGUAUAAAAUAUUAGUUAAUUCAAAUAUUCUUUAAUUAAAAUUAUGA